GAUGAUAUGCGCCAGCUUAUAACAACCAUCCAACAGACUACACUGGCGACCGAGGAUGGUGCAUUCGUAGCCCUCUGGAUCUUGACACUGAUCGACCAUUGGAACAAUGAACACGAACGUAUAAUUGUCUUGACGGAGCGCAGUUUCUACAUCAUCAAGUAUGACUUCCUGCACGGUAAUAUUCGGGAGAGCAGACGCGUUGGCCUGGGGCAGCUCGUCUCCGUGACAACUGGACCUCUGGUUUUCCCCACGAAAUCUCUGAUGCCUUAUGCCAAAAUUGAGGAGAAGAAGAAGAAGACGACGAUGACGACGAUUCGAGUGCUGGGACAAUACUUUUAUUCGCCUGACGUUUCGAGGUCCGUUGCGGAUUCAUCAUCAGAGACAUAG